AGCUGAAGGGAAAAAGCAGCCCCGACACCUGCUGCUGGGCAACUCAACAUUCUGCCCAGAAAGUGUGGCAUCCCGGCAGGCAGCAGGAAGUGGAUAAUGUCUAAACAUGGUGCAUGGAGCCGUGACUGUGAGCGUAUUUACGCCAGAUUGGUUGUGGUACAAAUCAUCCUCUGACACGAUUCCGGACUGUAAAAGAACUCGAAUCGGUUCCUAGUCUGGCUACGCUUCACUGUACUGGAGCUGCUGAUUCCCAAGUUUGCUCUCUCCCCCUCAAGAGAUACAGCCCGUGUGGAAAAGCGUGGAGGAUUUAUUCUCCUUUCUAGCGCAGUCACAUCUGGAAGCAGUCAGGGAGUCUACAGGGGAGGGGGUUUGGUCGUCAGAUCAUUGCAGAGAGGCUGGUGGUGUGCGCUCUCUCUCCGCAGGGCCACAGACUGACUACUCCCCUUUCUCUCCAAUAUGGACUGGACGCGGCCGAUUCUGCACUCUAUUUCCUAACGAGGCGCGACGCAAACUACGCCUGUUGUGGAACAUCUCAGAUGGAAUCGAUCAUAUGUGAAGAUUGAAGCCCGUGAGAUCUGGAAUAUACACAGCUUUUACCUUUUGCUGCGCUUUCUGAAACGGUCUCUGAAACCUACGCCCGCUUUUCCUGCGCUUCUCCUGGCUCUUGCAGCAUCCUUUUCGAACCGUUUCCGAGCGAAUCGCGCCGAUUUGAUUAUCGAUUAUCAGCAAGCGGCGCUGGUAUCAUGUUUCUUAGGUAGGGCCCGGAUGUUCCAAAGAUGCACUGGUUCGUUUUUUUAGGUGGUUCCUGCGAUUAUCCUUUCCUGAUCUUUAGCUCCAUAAUGGGGAUCAGGUAAUAUUAACUAAGCCGCAAGAGAAGGAAUAUCUUACGCUUUGCGUUUUUCAUUUUUUCUUCCCCCUUUUUUCUUUCAUUUCUUUCCCUUGGGUUGUUUUUUCCUACCCCCUCCUUUUUUUACAACCUUUUCUUCAUUCACCUUCGGAUAAAGCUGGACCACAUAUAUGGUAAAUGAAAGCAAAAACAUGUACAUACCGGAGGACACCCUUGAAAACCAUCAAGGCUCCAACUAUUCCAGUCCGUCGUUGGCUCCAGUCCCCAGUCUGAAUGAGGACGAGCGUGUGGGGGGUGGGGGUGGGGUGCUGGGUCUUGCACCUGAACACAUUCCCACCCCUGGCGCCCCCAUCAGCUGGCAGGCAGCCAUCGACGCGGCACGGCAGGCCAAGCUGAUGGGCACCACCGGAGCCCCGAUCUCCACUGCGAGCUCCACACAGCGCAAACGCCAGCACUACACCAAACCCAAGAAACAGGCCAGCACUGCCUCCACGCGCCCACCCCGAGCCCUUCUCUGCCUCACUCUUAAAAACCCCAUCCGCAGGGCAUGCAUCAGUAUCGUGGAAUGGAAACCGUUUGAAAUCAUCAUUUUGAUGACUAUUUUUGCAAACUGUGUGGCCUUAGCUGUCUACAUCCCUUUCCCCGAGGACGAUUCCAACGCAACCAACUCAAACCUGGAACGGGUGGAGUAUCUCUUUCUGAUCAUUUUUACGGUGGAAGCAUUUCUGAAAGUUAUUGCAUACGGGCUGCUGUGUCACCCUAAUGCGUACCUGCGGAACGGCUGGAACUUGUUGGAUUUCAUCAUUGUGGUGGUUGGGCUCUUCAGUGCAAUAUUAGAGCAGGCCACUAAAGGGGACGGUGGGACUUCAAUGGGAGGCAAGGCUGCAGGGUUUGAUGUAAAAGCCCUGCGAGCCUUUAGAGUGUUGAGACCUCUGAGACUCGUAUCUGGAGUACCUAGUUUACAGGUGGUGCUGAACUCCAUCAUUAAAGCCAUGGUUCCCCUCCUGCACAUCGCUCUGCUCGUUCUGUUCGUCAUCAUCAUUUAUGCCAUCAUCGGCCUCGAGCUCUUCAUGGGCAAGAUGCACAGAACCUGUUUUUUCUUCAAAGAUGGACACAAAGGUACUGUAUCUGAAGAGAAACCGGCCCCCUGCGCCCCAAACUCUGCCCAUGGACGACAUUGCACCCCGGCCAACGUAACGCAGUGCUUGAUGGGAUGGGAGGGCCCAAAUGAUGGAAUCACGAACUUUGAUAACUUUGCAUUUGCCAUGCUGACUGUGUUUCAAUGCAUCACGAUGGAGGGCUGGACUGACGUCCUGUACUGGAUGCAGGAUGCCAUGGGUUAUGAGCUUCCGUGGGUCUAUUUUGUCAGUCUGGUCAUCUUUGGAUCCUUUUUCGUUCUAAAUCUGGUUCUGGGUGUGUUAAGCGGAGAGUUCUCUAAAGAGCGAGAAAAGGCCAAAGCUCGUGGAGAUUUCCAGAAGCUCCGUGAGAAACAGCAGCUGGAGGAGGAUCUAAAGGGCUACCUGGACUGGAUCACGCAGGCAGAGGAUAUCGACCCUGAGAACGACGACGAGGGACUGGACGACGACAAGCCUAGAAAUCGGAAGACUCAUCGUUUACAGUACAUCCGUGGAGCGGUGAAGAAAAAAGCAGCUCUGCUUCGUAAGGCGUUGAGUAUGCCGGCCAGUGAAAAUGAGUCAGUGAACACUGAUAAUGCUCCAGCUGGAGACAUGGAGGGAGAGACCUGCUGUACUCGCAUGGCAAAUAGGAUCUCCAAAUCCAAAUUCAGUCGAUAUUCACGCCGAUGGAAUCGGUUAUGUCGGCGUACGUGCCGUGCAGCAGUGAAGUCAAAUGUGUUCUACUGGCUGGUGAUUUUCCUGGUAUUUUUGAACACACUUACAAUCGCCUCUGAGCACCACCAGCAGCCACAAUGGCUCACCAAUGUUCAAGAAAUCGCCAAUAAGGUGUUGCUGGCUCUUUUUACUGGUGAGAUGCUGCUGAAGAUGUACAGCCUGGGUCUACAGGCCUAUUUCGUCUCCCUUUUUAACCGCUUUGACAGUUUUGUGGUGUGCGGUGGAAUUCUGGAGACUAUCCUGGUGGAAAUCAAGAUCAUGUCACCCCUCGGCAUCUCUGUGCUGCGCUGUGUGCGUCUGCUCCGCAUCUUCAAGAUCACCAGGUACUGGAACUCUCUCAGUAAUCUGGUGGCAUCUCUGCUGAACUCGGUGCGUUCUAUCGCGUCCCUGCUUCUGCUGCUCUUCCUGUUCAUUAUCAUCUUCAGUCUGCUUGGAAUGCAGCUCUUUGGUGGCAAGUUCAACUUUGAUGAGACGCGCCGCAGCACCUUCGAUAACUUCCCCCAGUCUCUCCUCACCGUCUUUCAGAUUUUGACCGGAGAGGACUGGAACUCUGUGAUGUAUGAUGGGAUCAUGGCGUACGGUGGACCCUCCUUUCCUGGCAUGCUUGUCUGCAUUUAUUUCAUCAUCCUCUUCAUCUGCGGAAACUACAUCCUCCUGAAUGUCUUCUUGGCCAUUGCCGUGGACAACCUGGCAGACGCCGAGAGUCUGACAUCAGCGCAGAAAGAGGAAGAGGAGGAGAAAGAGAGGAAGAAGCUGGCCAGAACGGCCAGUCCAGAGAAGCGUCAGGAUUCUGAGAAACCACCUCUGGAGGAUGAAAAGAAAGAGGAAAAGAUUGAAUUAAAAUCCAUCACUUCUGAUGGAGAGACUCCAACUGCCACUAAGAUCAACAUAGAUGAGUACACAGGGGAUGAGAACGAAGAGAAGAAUCCAUAUCCUGUGAACGAUUUCCCAGGAGAGGAGGACGAUGAGGAGCCAGAGAUGCCAGUAGGUCCUCGUCCACGUCCACUCUCCGACAUUCAGCUGAAGGAGAAAGCCGUCCCCAUGCCAGAAGCCAAAGCUUUCUUUAUUUUCAGCCCCUCUAACAAGUUCAGGGUUUUGUGUCAUAAGAUUGUAAACCACAACAUCUUCACCAAUUUAAUCCUGUUCUUUAUACUGCUGAGCAGUAUUUCACUGGCAGCCGAAGACCCAGUGAAUAAUGACUCAUUCAGGAAUCAGAUUCUAGGCUAUGCAGAUUAUGUGUUUACAGGAAUCUUCACCAUAGAGAUCAUAUUAAAGAUGACAGCGUAUGGAGCAUUCCUACAUAAGGGUUCAUUUUGUCGGAAUUAUUUUAAUAUUUUGGAUCUGGUGGUGGUCAGUGUGUCUCUGAUCUCCUCUGGAAUUCAGUCAAGUGCCAUUAAUGUAGUGAAGAUUCUCAGAGUGCUGAGGGUGUUGAGGCCCCUGAGAGCAAUCAACAGAGCCAAGGGCCUCAAACAUGUGGUCCAGUGUGUGUUUGUAGCCAUCCGUACCAUCGGGAACAUCGUCAUCGUCACCACUUUGCUGCAGUUCAUGUUUGCUUGUAUUGGUGUUCAACUUUUCAAGGGCAAAUUCUUCUACUGCACAGACACCUCUAAACAGACACAGGCCGAAUGCCGGGGGUCCUAUAUAUUAUACAAAGAUGGGAAUGUUGGGAAGCCAGAGAAAGCACAGCGUUCAUGGGAGAACAGUGACUUCAACUUUGAUGAUGUCCUGCAGGGCAUGAUGGCUCUGUUUGCCGUGUCCACUUUUGAGGGUUGGCCAGGGCUCCUCUACAGAGCCAUCGACUCCCAUGCAGAGGAUAUUGGUCCAAUCUACAACUACCGUGUGAUCAUCUCUAUAUUCUUCAUCAUCUACAUCAUCAUCAUCGCCUUCUUCAUGAUGAACAUAUUCGUAGGUUUCGUCAUUGUGACAUUUCAGGAACAGGGAGAGCAAGAGUACAAAAACUGUGAGCUGGACAAGAACCAGCGCCAGUGUGUGGAAUACGCCCUGAAGGCCCGUCCCCUACGCAGGUACAUCCCCAAGAACCCAUAUCAGUACAAGGUGUGGUACGUGGUGAACUCCACUUACUUUGAGUACCUGAUGUUCACCCUCAUCCUUCUCAACACCAUCUGCUUGGCCAUGCAGCAUCAUGGCCAAUCUCAGUCCUUCAGCAAAGCUAUGAAUAUCCUCAAUAUGUUGUUCACCGGCCUCUUCACUGUGGAAAUGAUCCUCAAACUCAUCGCCUUCAAACCCAGGGGUUACUUUAGUGACCCCUGGAAUGUUUUUGACUUCCUCAUCGUAAUUGGCAGCAUUAUAGACGUCAUUCUGAGUGAGAUCAACCAUUAUUUUGUUGAUGCAUGGAACACGUUUGAUGCCCUUAUUGUAGUGGGUAGUGUUGUUGAUAUAGCCAUCACAGAGGUUAACCCAGCUGACCCCUCCUCCUCUCCCCCCUCCUCUGUGGUAAGACCAAUGGGCCUCCAAAACACUGAAGAUAACGCCAGGAUCUCAAUCACGUUCUUUCGGCUGUUCCGCGUGAUGAGGCUGGUGAAGCUUCUGUCUCGGGGAGAGGGCAUUCGGACGCUGCUCUGGACCUUCAUUAAAUCCUUUCAGGCUCUUCCCUAUGUUGCUUUACUGAUCGUAAUGCUGUUCUUCAUCUACGCCGUUAUUGGGAUGCAGAUGUUUGGUAAGAUUGCCCUGAGGGACCACAGCCAGAUCAACCGAAACAACAACUUUCAGACGUUUCCUCAGGCUGUUCUGCUGCUCUUCAGGUGUGCAACAGGGGAGGCAUGGCAGGAAAUAAUGCUGGCCUGUUCUCCGAACCGCCCAUGUGAAAAGGGGACAGAGGUCGGCCAUUCCAGUGAAGACUGUGGCAGCCACUUUGCCAUCAUCUACUUUGUUAGCUUUUAUAUGCUUUGCGCCUUCCUGAUCAUUAACCUCUUUGUGGCUGUCAUCAUGGACAACUUUGACUAUUUAACACGUGAUUGGUCGAUAUUGGGGCCACAUCACCUGGAUGAGUUUAAGAGGAUAUGGGCAGAAUAUGAUCCUGAGGCAAAGGGUCGGAUAAAGCACCUGGAUGUGGUGACGUUACUGCGCAGGAUUCAGCCUCCCCUUGGAUUUGGAAAGCUUUGUCCACAUAGAGUAGCUUGCAAGCGGCUUGUGUCCAUGAACAUGCCUCUCAAUAGUGACGGGACGGUAAUGUUCAACGCAACUCUCUUUGCUCUAGUAAGAACGGCUCUACGCAUCAAAACUGAAGGUAACUUGGAGCAAGCAAAUGAGGAACUCAGGGCCAUCGUGAAGAAGAUCUGGAAGAGGACGAGCAUGAAGCUGCUGGAUCAAGUUGUUCCCCCGGCUGGAGAUGAUGAAGUAACCGUUGGGAAGUUCUAUGCCACAUUCCUGAUUCAGGAAUACUUCAGGAAAUUUAAGAAGCGCAAGGAACAGGGACUGGUGGCCAAAAUUCCCCCAAAGACUGCUCUUUCAUUGCAGGCUGGCCUGCGUACACUGCAUGAUAUGGGUCCUGAGAUCAGAAGAGCGAUAUCAGGAGACCUGACUGUGGAGGAGGAGCUGGAGAGAGCCAUGAAGGAAACCGUGUGUACUGCUUCUGAGGAUGAUAUCUUCAGGGUAAAGCGGUCUGGCGGCCUCUUCGGUAACCAUGUCAACUACUACCAUCAGAGUGAUGGCCAUGCCUCCUUCCCACAGUCCUUCACAACACAGAGGCCAUUGCACAUCAGUAAAUCUGGGAGUCCUGGCGAGGCAGAAUCUCCCUCUCAUCAGAAGCUCGUCGACUCCACCUUCACUCCGAGCAGUUACUCUUCCUCAGGAUCCAACGCAAACAUCAACAAUGCCAACAACACAGCAAUCGGACACCGGUACCCCAAACCUACCGUCAGCACAGUGGACGGACAAACGGGGCCGCCCCUCACCACCGUUCCACUACCACGGCCCACAUGGUGCUUUCCUAACAAGAGGAGCUGUUUCUAUGACACUUUCAUGCGCUCUGAUUCCAGUGACAGUCGUCUCCCUAUAAUACGGCGAGAGGAAGCAUCUACAGAUGAGACGUAUGAUGAAACAUUUCUAGAUGAGAGAGAUCAGACCAUGCUCUCAAUGGACAUGCUGGAAUUUCAGGAUGAAGAGAGCAAGCAAUUGGCUCCAAUGGUGGAGGCGGAUGUAGGGGAAGAGAGGAGGCCGUGGCAGUCUCCACGAAGACGGGCCUUUCUCUGCCCCACUGCACUGGGUCGACGGUCUUCCUUUCACUUGGAGUGUCUGAGAAAACAUAACAGACCUGAUGUUUCUCAGAAAACAGCUCUACCACUGCACCUAGUGCAUCAUCAGGCUCUUGCUGUGGCGGGGUUGAGUCCCUUACUGAGACGGAGUCAUUCUCCGACGCUGUUCACGCGUCUGUGCUCCACACCUCCUGCGAGUCCCAGCGGCCGCGGCGGGGGAGGGCCGUGCUACCAGCCCGUUCCGUCUCUGCGGCUGGAGGGCAGCGGAUCUUACGAGAAACUCAACAGCAGCAUGCCGUCUGUGAACUGCAGCUCAUGGUACAGUGACAGUAACGGCAACCACAGCAGGAGUGUGCAGAGGACGCAGCGACCCGUGUCCCUCACGGUUCCUCCGGUCACACGCAGAGAUUCCACAUCCCUGUCACACGGGAGCGCCGGCAGCCUUGUGGAGGCCGUGUUGAUAUCCGAGGGUUUGGGUCGCUAUGCACAGGAUCCCACCUUCAUCCAGGUAGCGAAGCAGGAACUAGCGGACGCCUGCGACAUGACCAUGGAGGAGAUGGAGAACGCCGCCGACAACAUUCUCAACGCCAACGCACCGCCCAACGCCAACGGAAACCUGCUACCCUUCAUACAGUGCAGAGACACUGGCUCGCAGGAGUCCCGUUGCAGCCACGCGCUGGGCCUCUCGACCGCCACGGGCUCUGACGAGCUGCUGGGGGCGGAGCUAGAGUGCUCCGAGGGGGCGGGGCAGCGGAACAGCACUCUGUUGGAGGACGAGGACAUGGAGUGCGUGACCAGUUUGUAGGGGGAACAGCAGCAGCAACGGAGGACUUCCUGUGUCUUAGCCCAGCUCUCUCUGAGGACACUGCUGUCCUGCAGUCUGACCCGUCUGUUGCGUGUACCUACCGUAGGGGUAUAAGGCCAUUCUGCUUAGCUGAGACCGAGUUGGUUUUUAGUUCGUCCGUGUGUUUGCGAGAGCACGAGCGAGUAGGCGUGUGUACAUGUUUGUGUGUGCGUGUUUCUAAAGUGCCUCACAGUUCUCACAACCUUGAUUGCAGUAAGGAAACGAAACCCUGACCGAGCAGGGAAUGAAGGGAAAAGAUGCGCUGUUGUUGCUCAAGCAGUGGGAGUUUGCGCUGACUUGUGUGUGGCGGUAGGACUCGACAGCCGCAGCAUCGGCGUGGACGCUCGGUGCCGAGCAGGUGGAUCUUGAGGGCCGUGUCGGGAAUUUGCCGCCCGGGGGUCGUCACGGGUUCGAGAGAUGUUCAGAUGGACACAUUGGAGUGGCUCUCUCUUUCCUUUCACGGGGCUGUCCGUCCAUCCAUCCAUUCGUUCAUCAGGAGAAGUGUCGUCUGCAAGCGCCCUCACGUCAUCCUUCUCCUUUACGGCUUUCUUUUGUGUUCAGUUGAUGAGUUUUGCUGCUUUUUUUUGGAUUUGAUUUCUCUAGUUAAGCCUGCACAUAGCUUUUCCUUUUAUCAGUGGAAGACUGAACUCUCUCAAUUGCUCUCUUUCUUGUGUACCGUUGCGGCUUUCAUGAAACUGCUAGCUGUGCAAGGUACGGGUCAUUGCAUCAGUGGCCUUUUAUUCCAGAUCUGCUUCAGGUUUUAUUUCCUUUUUUAUUUUCCAGCAUUUAGUGUUUAUAAUGUUGUUUAUCUUGGAUUGCACACAGUUUCUUUCUUAAAUUAUUAUUAUUAUUAUUAUUAUUGAAGGCGUUUAAGAUGUUUAUGCCAGAUGCAGUGUUGUGAAUCUAAUGCCUCCUACAGACACACACAAAAAAAAUUAUUUAUUUAUUUAUUCCUGUCAGAGGUGAAGCGUGUUCCGCCGGGGGUUCGGUCUCUCUCACAAUGUUUAUUGGUAGCUCACAAGCUGUAAAUGAGCAGUGUCACUCACCUGGACGCAGGUAGCACUGACAGGUCUCAUGGCUGCUGUUGGAUCGGACUCACGUUUGCUCUGAAACUACUGACGUUUCUUCACUGCUGAUCUCCAGAAACAUUCAGCCGACAGCUGCGAUUCUGUCACGAUCCCACCUGCUCGACACAGGAAACAGCAGAUCUUUGGAAGGUCAGUAAAGGUGCACUUUGAGGAGAGGAAGGGUGGAGUAUUCAGGGAUGUCUGGGUAGCGCAUCAUUUAAAAAAACACAAAAACUCUAAUGUAGUUCACACAGGGCUAAAUAUAUGACCAUCAUUAUGAAAGUACCAACAUCAGCAGUGUCAUCAUCAUCCAAUGUUAUUGAUUGCUAUUAUUAUAAUUACUAUUAUUGUUAAGGAUAUUUUUCUGCUGCGUUUAACACUGUUUCCAUGCAGUUUGGCAGACACACAGAGAACUACUUAUCGAUCUAUUAUGCAAAUAAGGUGUUGAAGCGUUAGCAUUGUGUUGGUAAUGUGUCGACGGGAUGGAGUGCGUCCCCUGAGACACAUGCGCUGAUGAGAAACCUGACCAAUCCACUUCCAGGCGUCUCUCUGUUUGUGCCACACUAGAGCGGGUUAGAAGUUCUGUCACCGUUUUGCACACUACUUCAGACGAUAUGAAUUUCUCUUUCCAUGUAUGAAUAGAUAAUUGACUAUUUUUGUCUAGCUGACACUUCGCUUUCUACAGAGCGUCCUGGCGUUUGGUUCCAGGCCUCGAACAUCGCAUUCGAUCUCAGUCUCCAGUCCUGUGCCAUUUUUCUUUUUUUUUUGGUUGAUUGAGUUUCUGAAUGUUUACAGGAGGUCUCUGCUCUGAGGACGAUGCAAAGCUUGUGAAAAAAACGUGACAAAUGUAGCCAGAACCCACCUGCUCUGUUCCAAAGCCGCCACCACACCCUCAUAUCUCCUACACACACGUGCCAUAUGUCAUUGUGAGGCUGCCCCAGGCAUAUUUUGAGGCCUUGGUUGUGUACGUGUGCGAGUUUCUCCGAGCGCGUUUGUGUGGUGUUCGUGUUAGUAUAUGCAGGAUGAGUGCGUGAGUGCAUGCGUAUGUGCUUGCAUACCACAAGAUAUGCAAAAACAAUGCAAUAACUUUGACUGUACAACAGUUUCCUUCAGAACUACAGCUGUACAAAAAUCUAAGAUACAGAGAGAAAUAUAUUCACUGUUGUGUAUUAAGUUACAGAACUUUAAAUUGAAGAAACCUGUCAUACUUGAAAUCGGGUGCAUUUGAGUAUUGAGUAUUUUGAAAUAAUCUUGUGCGGGUCAGUUUGGUUCGAUGUUUUUCUUCUGUUGGUUUCAAUUAUCUCUGCAUGAGGAUUCUUUUGGUGUGCCAAGCGUUUUGAGUAACUAUUUUUGUUUGUUGUUUUCAUUUUUAAACAUUGAGGAAACACUGAUGACGAGGAGCGAAGGUGUAAAUACAGACGGAGGAGAGAAGCGUCUCGUUGGUGUGAAAAUGAUUUUGCAUAUCUUGUGCUCAGCUGAAAGGUGCAUGAUACGCAAGAGCAGCUCUCUCUCUUUCACUCUCGCUUUUCCCCCCUUUAUCUUUUCAUUCGCUCACCCUCCUUGUCCUUUCUUCGGCAGACAUCACAGUGAAGGCGUUUUAUUACGGCACCCGUGCGCCGGUGAACGGGCUCACUUUAAAUAGUUGGUCAUGCACAUUAAUUCUCGCUAUUAUUUGAGGCUGCAAGCAGAAAUGUUGGAAAUCCCCUUUCAUUUCUCAAGUCUCAUGGACAAUCUGCGUUCGGCGAGGAGAUUUAGGUUGGAAAUAAUGGAUCUGGAUGCUAAGUUUGAAUUUUUUGUUCUCGUUUGCAUGGAGUCUAAAGAAUCGACCUAGCGGACGGAGUCCUCCUCUCCCUUCAUUAGCCAAUGAUUGUAUAUUUUUAUAGACUUAUAGAAAAGAAUUAACACAUGAGAAGAGACAAUAUAAACUCAUCUAUAUCUGCUGAAUGUCAGGGUUAAAAUGGCUACACACAACCGUGUUUGAGAAUGUAUGUAGUGACUACGUAUAGAUAGAAAUUAAAUUUAUGAUAGAGAAUAUAGAGUAAAUCAUUCGUAUUCACCGCAGUAGCUCCUUUUGAAACUCCGCUCGUACGGCCUGUUUUUGAGCAGGAUGGUUGGGGGUUUUUGCUGAGGGAGGAGUGCAAUGAGAUUAAUCAUGUGAUUUUGAAUCCGAGGGCUUUUUCACAGCUGCUUUAUUCAGAUCAACACAUCACGUUCCCCUCCGAGCACCUGCACAUGAUAGAACGGUGUGGAAAAGACACAAAAGCAGCGUCUGUGUUGAAUGAACACAGAGAGCUGUCUGCUCAGGCCUUGGGGAAAUGUACCAAAUAUUUGACUGAAUAUUUUAUUAGUUGCUCAGUGAGGUUUUUGCCCAAAUAGUUGUAAUGUAGCUUUUCUUCUCUCAGAGAAUCAGAAGUUAUUUUCUAUAUUUUAAUAUAUGAGAACUAUUUAUCAGAUGGAAGUUGAGAUAUUUCGCACUGGUUGGAGGAAAUGUUGGUGAGGUAACGGAUGGUUGCUCUCCUGAUGGACUUUGAUUGAUUGUGGCUUGUAUUUCAGUUUGCCAUCUGUAGCAGUAGCGUGCACAAGUUUCCCCACAAGUUGAAAAAAAGAUGCAUUUAAUGCUGAAUAUUUUUGGAAAUAUAAACCCCUUAGAAAAGAGUAAACUAUGGAUAUCAAACGAGCAGCAUUGUUACAACCAUUCAAGUUCACAACACUUUACACCGCAGGUUUUUUUUUUGAUCUUUAGUGUUUGAUUUAUUUGGAUAAACCCAGUAAUGCACGAACACGAAACGUUAGUGGAUUUAUUAAGGAGUCUGUAGUUCAAGCAUCAGCAUUCGGGCCGUCCGUUGCUUCUGGGUUCAUUUGUGUUCGUAUGCCAAUUCUGCAUGUGUCAGACUGAAGGAACGUGCCGUGGGGUUGACCUUUGACCCAGAGAAAGCCUGGACAGGUGCAAUGUCUGCCCUCUGGUUUAACCUUUGUGUAGCACGUAUCUCUAAUGUCCUCCUUUAUAUGACUGUUAAUUUGAUAUUAUAAGUUAAUGUAGUGCGUUAAUGAGUUUUAAUGAUAAACUAAAAGCUAAGGUGGUGAUGCAAUAAUCACAAUUUGCACAUUUAAACCACGUUUAGUUUGACACGUCGUACACAUAAUCCAAGUAAAGGAUGAAUUUAUGCAUAGAUUUUAGCUGUCGUGUAAAUAUUAAUUUCGCCCUAAGCUCAAAACGUCAAUCUUGCCAUAGUUUCAUUUCCACAGGUGGGACGAUAAUUAAUGCAGAUUUGUUCAGGCCGUCUCCUGCAGUAGGUAAGACGGCUCUUCAGUGCUUUUUAGUACACUGAUGGCAUUCAAAACCCCAACUGUGGGGGAAGGGAAAUGCAAAACCAUUUAUAUGAACCAAUUUGAGGUUUUCGAGUGGCAUUUCCCCGCCUCUAGUUCCACCCAGCGAAUGUAGCACUAGAGACCGAAGAAGAUGGGCGGAACGGUAACGAUUAUAAUGAGGAGCUCAGAGAGGUAAUAUUGCACAAAUCUCCAUGUAUGAGUGAACCUUUUAACAACUUAUUCUUUACCACAUCCUGCUUUCUUUCUGCAGAGAUGGAAGUAAUGCUCUGUUUGAUGGCGUUGAGCUCUGGGCUUGAUUUGUUGGGUCUCUUUUUCUCUAAUGGGUGGCAGGACUGAGGGAUUCGAUUCCCUGACGCUCGCUCGUCUCCAGAUGCAGUCCGCAAUUCUUUCUGUUAUAGAGGCUGCAACCCGAAUCUGCAUUACACUAUUUUCCUGCGGUUUACGUUUAACCACUUAGGACUCACGAAGGGAGGAAUCUUUGAGCGGAUCGUCUCAGUUGCUUUAUUUUCGGUGACCACACGAGCAGCUUCUAUAGUUUUGAUUGACGGUGCGGACGGGAAGUGUAGUCUCGAGGUCCUGAGCUGUUUGUUAGAUUAACGAGCUGAAUUAAAAUUAGAUGCGUGUCGUGCUUUUGGUAGAAUUCGAAGGCAUCAGUGCUGACCAUUCAGGUCUCUCACGAAACACCGUCAGAGGUCAUUCACAUUUUGGACUAUUUAAUGGAGUUUAGACCCCAGGUGUUAUUGAAAACUCUGUGAGACGUCUGCAUGGUCUUGUCAUUCCCUCCUCUACUUUUGCUGAGACUCUUUUGUUUCAUUUCAUCAUUCUUUCAUUUGUUCAUUUAGAUUUUAAAAAGAAUACACUACGUAAAUCUGAAGAUUCAAUCACUUUUUCUACUCCUAUUUUCAAAAAAAAGUGAAACGAAAAAACCAACAAAAAAUUGGAUUUGUAAAUAAGUGAUUGUACAGUUUGUAUCUGUAUCUGUCAGUCUGUCUUUGGUGACAGAGUGUGUCUUGCUUAUAACGCACGCUACCAGUAAAUAAAAACUAAAAAAUAUCUUUAGAUUGUAUGGUUCUUGACAGGAAGUUUUAAAUUAAUCUCUGCUGUAUAUUCCUGUAAUAUUGCAUUUUUAUCUGAGGAAUGAUGUUAUUAAACAAUUGCAAAUAAAGUGAAUUUCCUAA